CUGGCCGCGCCUGCCCACGUGCAGUUCCCGGCGAGCGCAGCGGAAGGGGAGAGGGUCGCGCCGGCCGGGUGCAGUGUAUGUGUUUUGGGCUGCCGGUGCCGGCGCGGGGCGCUGCGCCCCGGCUCUCCUCCCGCCGAGUAGGACCCCGGAGCGAGCCCCGCCCGACCCCCGAACCUCCAGCCAUGGCUUCUCUGCUCGCGAAGGACGCCUACCUGCAGAGUCUGGCCAAGAAGAUCUGCUCCCAGCCCAGCCCCGAGCCACAGAAGCGCAAGUCGGCUGGCAAAACUCAAGUCUCAGAAGCUGCCGGGCCCCCCAAAAAGAAGAGGAAGAGAGCACAGAAGAAAUCCCGGGAGCGGGAGGAGAAGGCUGCAGAACCCAAGGCCCAGGCCCCUGCAGAGAAGUCUCAAGCCAGGACGCCAGUGGCCACCAAGGAGAAGGAGGAGGAGGCCUCCAGCUCCACCGGGGCCCCUGCGGAUGGCCUGGCCAAUGAGCCUGGCUCUUUAUUUGCCUUGGACGUCCUGCGGCAGCGCCUGCAUGAGAAGAUCCGGGAGGCGCGGGGCCAGGUAGGUGGAGGAGACCUCGGGGUCCUGUGCUGGUUUCCGCAGGCUGCCUGGAGAGAAUACGCCCGGGUGCUUGCCGAGGUCGGCCCCAGCUCUGCCGGCUGUGAUGGGGCUGACGGGGCAGGUGUGUGGGGGGGGGCUCGGCCCCCGUUCCCGCCCCUGCAGCGGGUGCUGCCAGGGCCUCGGCAGCUGUGUUCUGCAGGAGGUCAGGUGUAGUUCUUGUCACCUUGGGGAGCUCGGUCCCCAGGGUCCCCCUCCUGCUGGCCACGCUGAGCUUCUGGCUCUUCUGUCCUGCGGCCUUGGAGAGAGGCUCAGCCUCUUCCGU